CGCCGUAGCGGCGCCCGGCGGGGCGAGGCGGGGCGGGCAAGAUGGCGGCGGGGGGCGCGGCGGACGCCCAGGCGCGCUUCGGCCACUCGGUGAAGGGGCUCCUGACCGAGAAGGUGACGAGCUGCGGCACCGACGUGAUCGCCCUCACCAAGCAGGUGCUGAAGGGCUCCCGCAGCGCCGAGCUCCUGGGUCAAGCUGCUAGAAACAUGGUGAUGCAAGAAGAUGCUAUCCUGCACUCGGAAGAUAGUUUAAGGAAAAUGGCCAUAAUAACCACUCAUCUACAGUACCAGCAAGAAGCAAUUCAGAAGAACGUUGAGCAGUCAUCAAACCUACAGGACCAGCUGAGUCACUUGCUGAAAUGAAGCAUAACCGAAGGCACGAGGACAUGUCGACUAGCACUGAGGGCAGCAAAGCGUCCUUUCCCCUCCAGACCCCGGGGUUCAGACCUGUGUCUGGAUGGUGCUGGAUGUCAGCUGGGAUGCGUGCAGUCUGUGUUUCUGGGCACGUGGGCCCCUCUCACAUGCCUCCAUCCGUGUCUCUGCUCCAGAAUGCUCACCUGCUCACCAGCGCCUAACUGAAACAAACUUACCUGAACCUUCGCUCCCCCCAACGAUUCCUGUGUCCGCUUACUUCCCAUGUAGUGUGAGGUGCUCGGCCCACACCAGCACCCUUGGCAAGAAAUGUGUAAAAUUGAGCUGUGGGUUUUAAAUACAGGCGCCUGCCGUUUGACACUGGUCUGUAUUUAGACACAGAGAUGGCACAGAGUGCAAUUUAUUUAGGGCGUGUUAAUCAGUGGGAGCUGUAAGUGCCUGGGUGGGUGAGAGAGGUGCUUCAGUGCAGACUGAGGUGCCAGUUCCAGGCCAGAAUUACUGAAAGCAGGAAUCUGGGCACACACCUCUCUCACUGGUCCAGCUGGACAUGGUUUGGCCAGCAUCCUGCUUGGAGGUUAUCUUCUUUUCCACUCUGCCAGAGUUUGGAACGUCAUCUCCUUGUCAACCGGUCUGCACUGCCUUCGGCCUUCAACAGCAUUCCUCUUCCUGGGCUGCUGCUCCAGCUCUUGGUGAAGCAACCUUGGCUGUGGUGUGUGUUUGUAUCUGGUUGGGAAGGUAUCCAAAGGCCCGGCCGGGAAGCAGGCAGGAGAACAUCAUGAGCCGGUGUGCUCAGUUCUGCACUGCUCUGUGUGGGAGGACUAGAGACCGGGCUCCUGUUCACAUCCCGGGGAGCGACAUCAGGCCCAGGCUAUAAAUACUGUGUCUUGUUUUUGGUAAGUCACUUAUCUGGAGCACUUGGAGUGCACGGGAAGCACUUGUUUGCCCGAGUGUGCUUUUCAUCAGCUGAUAGGAGAAGGCAGGCUGAGAGUGGGCAUCAGCCUGGCACUUUCCUGUUGGAGCACUGCUGGGCUUUGGCUCCUGUGCUGCAGAGCCUUCUGGGCUGGAUUUCACCAUCCCCUCCAGUGCCACUGCCUGUUUGGGUGUCACCUGGUGGCACCACAGCUCCCGCAUCCCCGCGAAGCUGCCACUGUUAGCCCAGGGGCCAUGGGGGGUAUUUUUGCCUUGGGAGGGGUCCUGAUCCCCGGCUUUGCAGAUGCACUGUGGGAAUGAGGGUUUUCCCUGAGCUGUUGGAGAAGCUGUGACUCACUUGCUGGAAAUAAAAGCUGCCCUGAACACUA